AUGACCACCCUCGCAACCGGGCUACCGAUCAGCAGUCGGGCUGCCGACACCAAAAUCACUCCGGCACUCAGACUGGCCGUCCAGAAGGCAACCGCAGUAUUCCAGAAGGACUUCUGCUACGACUUCCUCCAGGCACUCGUCGAUGAGCCCGAGAUCGCCGAUCCGAUCGGCGUCCGACUCUUCCUCAACUUCUGUCUGCGCAAGCCAGACAACCUCGUCGACAGCUUCCUCGACUCGCUCGACCAGAACCUCGGACCUGCCGAAAGCUUCUCAGAGGCCGCCGACACGAUCCUCAACGAGAUCGAAAACUAUAUCGAGUUCGUCCACGGCCUGAUCGAGAUGAUCGAUGGCGGCGAGAUCUUCAAGCUGGCCUAUCAUGAGAUCGACGCCUGGAAACUCUGCUACCAGCUCCUAGAACCAGUCCAACACCGGCUCUUCGAUCUUGCCGUACAGGAUCGUUCCCACUACCAACACUACAACCGAGACCCAUCCAGCUCGACCUUUGCCGAACCAUACGAACUCACCUUUGCUUCCGAUCUGACUUCCUCAGGCUUCUAUCAAGCCUUCGUCACCAUCGACAAGUUCCUCAAACACUCCUUCGAAUCAAGGAUCUUAUUGGAGCCGGCUAAGUUGGUCGAAGAUGCCGACCAACUCUCCGAACGAAGGACCGAACUUCAAACCUUCAGGGCCGUCUUUCCCACCUCCCAAAACUCCACCCUGCUCAUCAAGAAACACGGCCGGUUCGGAAGAGAAGAGGCUACGAUCGACCAAUUCCUCGAGAGUGACAAAUUCAAAGAACUUUCAAAGCUCAAGGCUACCAUGUCAGGCGGUCAAUUGACGCGUCAACCAUCAACCCGGACGAAGAAAGCUACAUCGCAGCUCGAAAACGAUAAGCCGAGCACGUCGACGGGAAAAAACAAACAUCAGUCCAGAGGGUCGCCCGCCACCACCCUGGAUUCAGGAGGCGGACACAAGAGCAAGCGGGCCGUCUCCUCAGGAUCGCCCGCGAUCCGCAAAGACGACCCCGACUCAACCCAUCAUCUCGACCCGUUCCUCAGAGGAGACCCAUUGUCAUCUCUCGGAAAAGUUCGAAAACGAAUCCAAGAAUCAGACUCGGAUCCCGAUUACGAACAGGUUUCGGAACACAACCAUAAAAAGAAGACGUCCCUUUCAGCUGAGAUGACAGGCAAGACGACGUUGGAGGCGGACUCGACGACUUCGUCGAAACGGCAAGACUCAGCUCAUCCCUCCCAACACGGCUCAACGACAAGCAGCACCCAUCCGAAGCGGAAGAGGAAGUCGCGCGGCUUGGCAACUGCCCAGACUGAAACUCCCCCCGCGUCUUCCUCCACUAAGGGCCGCAAGAAACGCAAGUCUCAGACUAUUAAGUCUUAUGUCGAUACCUAUAAGGACGAGGAUGAUCAGCCGCCUGAGCAGGAAGAGGAACUCUUCGUUGUCGAUAAAAUCAUCGGCGAAAGCGUCGAUAUCAAUGGCGAAACUAUCUACAAAGUUCUCUGGGCGGGGUACCCGGAAUCAGAAGCGACGUGGCAAUUCGCGAACACGUUAGACGAUUGUGCGGCCUUAGAUGUAUGGCAACAGAACAAGGACGCCAACCGAACGCUGAAGAUCCACGAGGACCAGAACGCGGAGCGCAAUCCUAAUGGCCUCGCGAAUCCUCCUCCGCCCCCUCCUCCGACAACCGCGUUGACGACGAUCCCUAAUGGCACCCAUCAACAACACCAUCCUGCUUCUAAAAACGCCGCAAACGCCUUCCAGGCCUUCGACGAUCCGCCGCCCAAACGCCAGGCACAACUAGGUCUCAAUUGA